GCGACAAAGAGGUUGCCAGUGGGAAUCAGUCCCACUGGGUCUCUCUCUCACUCGCAGGGUUUCUGUGAAGUCAGUUUAGGGGAGCGGAUCAUUCAUUGCAGGCAACCAGGAUCUGUGAAGAAGCAGGAGCCUGGGGUUCAAGGAGAAUCGUGAAUGAGGAAGGAUAGUUGUGACGGCAGUUAACUGUUUUGCAGACAGGUCUCGUGGAGCUGUAGUUGUGUGUUUUGAAGUGGGCAUUUUUGGUGGAAUUAGUGUGGCAAUGGCGGUGGCACCUACUAUGACAAUGCAAGGAAGCUUGGCAGGAUUGCAGCAGCUGGAGUUGCCACGAACUUCGUAUUUGGGGUCGCAGUUGGGGUCUCAGUUCAGGGUUAGGCAGCCUUGCGUGAAGUUGUCUCCCAGGAUUAGCAGCCUUAAACUCCAUUGCCAAGUGAGCCCAAGCUCAACCACAUUGCCUCAACUCAAUGUCGACAUCUCUGGUCCUGGCAAGCCAUUGCAGCCUGUGGAGCGAACAACUAUUCGCUUGGCUCUUCCCAGCAAAGGACGUAUGGCGGAAGACACGCUCGGUCUGAUGAAGGAUUGCCAGCUUUCAGUGCGUAAACUGAACCCUCGCCAGUACAUAGCAGACAUUUCUGAACUCAAGAAUGUUGAAGUGUGGUUUCAACGAGCAUCCGACGUUGUGCGUAAGUUAAAAACUGGGGAUGUGGAUAUGGGAAUUGUUGGCUAUGACAUGCUUCGGGAGUACGGCGAGGAUUCCGAGGACCUCGUAAUUGUUCACGACGCAUUGGGAUUUGGAGAAUGUCACCUUGCAAUAGGGAUUCCAACUUACGGCAUCUUUGAGAACAUAAACUCUUUAAACGAGCUAGCUGCAAUGCCACUAUGGACUGAAGAUAGGCCUUUACGUGUUGUUACAGGCUACACUUAUCUGGGGAAGAAGUUCUUGGAAAAGCAUGGGUUUAAACACGUCCAGCUUUCAACCGCUGAUGGUGCCUUAGAAGCUGCACCCGCCAUGGGGACUGCUGAUGCCAUUUUGGAUUUGGUGAGCAGCGGAACCACUCUGCGCGAGAACAAUCUCAAGGAGAUUUCCGGGGGAGCUGUUCUCAGCAGUCAGGGAGUGUUUGUUGCCAACAAGAAGGCAUUGCUAGAACGCAAGGAGGUGCUUGAUGUUGCUCACGAAAUGUUGGAGCGGUUUGAAGCACAUCUCACUGCGUUGGGUCAAUUCACUGUAGUAGCCAACAUGAGAGGUGCUUCUGCAGAGGAGGUUGCUGAGAGAAUACUCAAUAAUACCAGCUACCCAGGGUUGCAGGGCCCUACUGUUAGUCCUGUUUAUACGAACGAAGGAGGUACUGCAAACGUAGACUAUUAUGCGAUAACCAUCUGUGUUCCGAAGCCUCAACUAUAUCAUGCUGUCCAGCAGCUAAGAAAGGCUGGAGGUAGUGGUGUUCUGGUGUCACCAUUGACCUACAUUUUUGACGAAGAGACUCCCAGAUACAGGCAGCUCUUGGAAAAUCUGAAAGCAUAGAGAUGCAUCUGCAACGCCUACCAGAAGGAACAGCUGGUAGAUGCUUCUCUCACUACAUGAAGGAAUUCGAAAAUUUUCUCAAAGUUUUAAUCUUUGGUGAGUGACUCCACCUAGUGUGAUUGUCUCCUACACAAGCUGUGUUGUCCUCUUCCCUCGUUUGCAGAGUCCUCCACAAAUUUGGUUGAGACUACUAGGCACUGACAGACAAUAUAUUUAAGUCUUACAAAGAUAUAUUCUGGGCUUUUAAUAAUUGGCAUGCAAUCCUUUUAGAUGUCAUAUAUGCAAUAAUUCUUAACACUGCAAUACUUGUGUAUCAAUUGUAGUUUUUUUCAAUGCUGUGUAUUAGAAUGGAAUGUCAAGCUUAAUAAUUGGGUUGUGAUGGUAUGGUUUGUAUGGAAUUAGAGAGUAAGUGUUUUUCAAAUUUUUGUAGAUGUUGAACACACGUAGUUGGGCUAUUUUUCAUGAUGCCUUCCUUUUUGUUCAUUGAGGAAAUUAUCUAAAGUGAAUUGAUGAAUAAAAGUCUGUAGUGAAGAGGUUGUUUAAA